UCAAGUUCAGAUUAUUCCAUGUUUUAUUGGGCCACACCACACGCACCUGUUUGCCAUUCCAUGACACUUGAGAUUGAACUGUGACCCAACUGGCAAUCAGGCAAAGUGAUUAUUUUCUGAAUGCUAGUUAAUUUUGUUACGAUCAUUCUUCGGCUGUACUCACUCUGCCUAUAAUUCUAUUGUCCUGCUUCAUAAUGGAGCAUGAAGCAUUUGGAAAUAUCUUAAGUGUUAUGUGCUGUGUAACCGUAAUGGUUCAGAGCGAUCUCACGUUAACUGUUUGUUUUCUUGUUGAUUUCAGGUCAACUGAUACCAGUGCUUCUGAGGCUGCUGGGGUAAUGAAGAAAAUUUCUCAGAUUGCUGCAGCAAGGUAUCAACUUGCGUCUCCUCAACAUAAAGACGAGUCAAUCCCAAUAAAAAAAACCCGAUGGGAUAUGAAAACUAUGCCUGCAAAGACUGAGGAUAUGAGUUACAGAAGUGUGUCAGGAUCUGCGAAUGUCAAAGACAAAGUCGUUCAAAAGAACCAAAGUGAUAAAGUGAAGAUCAUCAGUGAAACCGGGAAGCCAAGACACAAAUAUACCAAUUUGUUACUGGGAAGUUCACUAGACCCAAUUGUGUCAGAAGCUUCCAGGAAUUUGUCAGGAUCUUCAAACAAUAGAGAGAAACAUGUUCAGAAGGACUCAAGUGAUCAAGUGAAGAAGACUAGUCAAGAAACUAAGCCUGUCAAAAGUUCUUCAGACACCAAUUUGUUAUUUGAUGUUUCCGGAAGUUCUCCAGGUUCCUCAAAUACUUCACCGUGCUAUGCAAUUGUGUCCGAAGAUCCCAAUAAUUUGUCAGGAUCUUCUAACAAGAAAGAGAAACACGCCCUAAAAGACAAAAGUGAUCAAGUUAGGAAGACUAGUCAUGAAGCUGAGCCUAUCAAAAGUUCUUCAGACACAAAUUUGUUAUUUGAUGUUUCUGGAAGUUCGCCAAGUGCUUUAAAUACUUUGCCCUGCAACACAAUUGUGUCAGAAGAUCCCAGAAAUUUGUCAGGAUCUUCUUACAGGAAAGAGAAAUAUGUUCAAAAAGACAAAAGCGAUCAAGUAAAGAAGACCAGUUAUGAAACUAAUCUUGACAAAAGUUCUUUAGACACAAGUUUGCUCCACGGGGUAUCCGGAAGUUCAACAGGCUCUUCAAACAAUACCCUUGUUAAAGAGAAACCUGUCCAGAGCGAUAUAAGGAAUGCCAAUAUUUCUCAGUUGAAGCCUGUCUUAAAUCCUAGUCAGUCCCUGCCUGUUACCAAAUCUGUACAACUGUGUACUAGUCAGAAACAGAAAAGCAGUCAAGAAACUUCUACUCAGGUAGAAAAACUAAGUCAAGACAAUGUCUCCAAAUCAAAACCCGUAGCAAAUUCGAAGUCUGCUGCCCAGACAGAGAAUAAUGAGACAAGCACCAAGUCCAAACCAACCCUUGAUACCCCUGAACUUCAUAAGCUUAAGGAAAAAAACAGAUCAUCAAAAUCUAGCAAAGUCGUACAUGUACUGAAAAAUAGCACUAUUGAUGAGGAACUGCCACCUGAACCAAGUAACAAGGAAGCGAAGAAAUCUAAAAAGAGGCAUGAUAAAAAAGACAGCAGAAGAGAAAGACGAUCAAGUGACAAGCAUGAAGUCAAGAGUAAAGAAAACAAAAAGGAGAGGCAUAAGUCCAAGCAUAGUUCAAAGGAGUUGUUUUCCCCUGAUGUACCAAGAAAAGAAAGUGAAAAAGUUUCUCCUGAUGUUUCAAGAAGGCAAACUGCAACAGUGAGAAGUGUUGGACCAUUUGAAAGUGUUGAAAAUGCUAGCAAAAAUUACAGGAAGAGUGCUAGUGUUUACUACCCUCCUAAAUUUAACUCUGAUUUUAGGAUACCAAAAAAAAAAGUGGUAUUACCUAAUCCAUUGCGAGAUACUUCCGAUGCAAAUGACUUGAGAUUACCAGCCCAGGAUAAACCUGAAACAUGGUUGCAAAAGGUGCCAACAAAAAAUAUCUUACCUUCCAACUCAGCAUUGAGUACUAAAAUAGCGCCCAAAAUAGUAGUCAGACGAAAUUCCAAUGCAAAUCCUGAUGAAGCUUGGAGUGUAGUCCGAAAUCCCCCUGAAGAAAGCUCUCCAACCCAGGUCAAUAACAGGAGGAGUAAGCGAAGUGAGGUUGAAGAUAUUUUAGAAGGUCGGACCCCAAUUGACAUGGAUGAAGAAGUUCAGGUUGCUCGAACAGAUGCCAAGAAGCAACGGUCAAAGUCGGUCACGUCAACACCUAAAUCUUCAAAAAGAAGAAAGGUUGGAAGUGAUGAUGAUGAAUGGACUCCUAGGGGGGUCAAAUCAGGAGGCAGAAGAAGCAGAUGUUCCAGUAAUAAUUCCUCUAAACCUGCAUCCCCUCCUAGAACUGGCGUUGCAAGUCGCACUAGGAGCCGCACAAAAUCUCCUUCGAGGACAGCUCAAAAUGGUUUUAGUGGCAGGUAUUCCACAUCCGAAGAUGAUGAUGAUGAAGAUGAGGAAGAAGAAGAAGAAGAUAUAGAAUAUGGUAGUAAUUGGACCACUGCUAACAUAACUUCCUGGAUUAACAAUUCAACUUCAUCGGACCAGUCAUCAGCUGCCCCCAAGGCAUCAGCUGCCCCCAAGGCAUCAGCUGUCUCCAAGGCAUCAUCUGUCCCCAAGGCAUCAGCUGCCCCCAAGGCAUCAGUUUCGCCCAAGGCAUCAAUCGCCCAACAGGCAUUAGCUGCCCACCAGGCAUCGCAAGCGCAAGCCUUAAGAGAUAUUCAGCAGAAGAAAAAGAUUUUCAAUCAGAGUACUGAAAAUUAUAUUAAAAUUGAUGAAAUUACUUCUAUAAGAAGAGAUGUGCCUUUGAAUAAUGUGGCUGGAAAUACUAUCUCUUCCUCUAGUGGAAGAAAUAUUUCACCUUCUGUAUCUUGUGUGGUUGAAAUGUCAAAAUCAUCCACUGUUUCGAGAGAAAGUAAUGUCAGUAUUUCUGCAGUCACUCAAAAUUACGUAGAGUUAGACGCCUCUGUUCUAUCUUCAGCUGUUCAAACUGGCAGAACUGAGAGAAGUCCUCCAGCCUUGAAUACACCUGAGUUGACUGUACCUCUAUUACCUGAAGCAGAUAUUGAAAUCAUCUUAGAAGAUAACCAAGAACAUGCUGGAAGCAGAUCUGAGAUAGAAUUAAUUAAUUUGGAGGAAAGCUCUGGACCAGUCAACACAAACAAACCGUUUGUAGAGUUAUGGAAGUGCUUGAAAGAAUUUGAGAAGCACUGUUUUGAAGAUUUAGAAGAUUGUUUAAAAUUGGCUGUUGGUUCCAUUUCUACAUUUAUUGAAAAAAUAAAUGAGGCUGAGCAACUCAGAACCAAAACUAGGAGAGAUGAGCAGUACUCCAAAUUACGCAAGGAAUUUGUCCAGGGAGUCAAAAAAGGAUGGAAAGAUACAGAAAAUGUCCUUAGUAAAAUUGAGGAACACUUUACCAGAAAAGAUUUGUUUAUAAUUCUCAGGAAGAAGCUUACCACUACUAAUGAUUUAAGUGAUCCUCAGAGUUUUGUGGAAGAUCUUGGAAAACUAUUCUUAUUAGUUACCACACCAAUGCAGCUUAAACAAAACUACUGUGGUGAUACAGUUAAUGUGGCUGCCCGGUUAUUUUUAAUACAUAACACCAAGGAAGAGUAUCUCAACUCAUCUGCUGCAUCAUCACGGGCAGCCCAAGUAGAUGUUGCACCAGGAGUGGUUGAUGAGAUUCCACGAGCGCCAUCAAGGGACAGUGGCAUCUCAGAUUUUGGGGUACAGGCUGUAGCUACUUCCAAUAGCCCAAUUCCAUCAGUUUCACCAGACCGAGAGGUCAGACCCCUGAAGCCCUUGUGCAUAGUGUGUUCGGCCAGUGCCCAAAUCAAAUGCUCAAAUUGUAUAGACAUAUUUUAUUGCUCUAUGACAUGUCAGUUAUCUCAUUGGCAAGAUGAUCACCACAAGUCUUGCCGGAGGCGUUAAGUUACAUUGUCAAAUGUAAAUAUAGUAUGCAUGAUUUGUUUUGUGCCUUAUAGUAUAAUUACAUAAACCUAUGUACCUGCUUAGUUGUAGUUUUGUUACCCUUAUUUUUAAAUUUCUGUACAUGUUUGUAGAUAGGCUAUUUUUAUUUUUUCAGUUGAGGUCAAGUUUCUUGUUUUGUGAAACUUAAGGUUUGCAAGAUAAUUUAAGUUUCAUGUCAAUUAAAAUUUUGUUUAGUUUGUUCCUAUUUUCUGAAGGUUGAACAAACCACAUGUUUGACCUAUCAGACAUAUUGAUUUUAAAUCAGUUUCUGCAUGUUUUCAUAUUUUAUUCCAGGUAUAAGUUGUGUUUGUCUUUGCAAGCCAUUAGAGCUACAGAGCUGAGAAGAUGGGAAUAAAAGAUGUAUGCUUCUUUUUCAGACAUUAAAUUAGCUGAAAGGUUAUUAAUAUUAGUUUUAUAAUAUUCAAUUCAUCUUUGUUGAAUUUGUUUCUCCUUCGAUGCGCGCGAAACGAGACGAAAGGGGGAAGUCUUACCAAUAUGUUCCUUAGAGUUAUUUAUGCUAAAUGAGUAACAGUACAAAAAUUAUCAUGGCUGUGAUGUCUCAAUGAAAAAUUAUGUCAUUCUGUUAUACAAAUUGUUUGUGCUUAAGUAUGACUCAUUCAUAUGGUCCACCACUUUACAUAAUCAAUUUUAUUUUAUGUAACACAUAAGUGACUAUGAAGCAAAAAUGUGCAAUAAACAUCAUUUUUUUUUUU